AUGGCCAGUGGCCCCGCUUGGACCAGCUCGGGCCGGGGACCCCAACUGCUUCUGUUGCUGCCGCUGCUUCUGCUGCUGCUGUGGGACGCGGGUGGCAGCCACAGGGCCACCGCCUGGCCCGCGCCUCAGUCCUCCGCCGACGGCCUGGUAGAGGACAAGGACCCCCAGCGGUCUCCGGGGGACGCGGCCACAGCGCUGGGCCCCGGCGCCCAGGACAUGGUCGCUGUCCACAUGUUCAGGCUCUAUGAGAAGUACAGCCGGCGGGGAGCCCGGCCCGGAGGGGGCAACACAGUCCGCAGCUUCCGGGCACGGCUGGAAGUGGUUGACCAGAAGGCCUUGUAUUUCUUCAACUUGACUUCCAUGCAAGAUUCAGAAAUGAUCCUUGCAGCCACAUUCCACUUCUACUCUGAGCCUUGGUGGCCCUGGGCCCGGGAGGCACUGUGCAAGCGGUCAAAGAAUGCUUCCUGCCGCCUGUUCUCCACAGGCCUACCCGCUCGCCACCACCUGCUCUUCCACAGCCUCUCACAGAACACGGCCACCCAGGGGCUGCUCCGGGGGGCCAUGGCCCUGGCCCCCCCACCACGGGGCCUGUGGCAGACCAAGGACAUCUCCCCCAUUGUUAAGGCGGCCCGCCGGGAUGGUGAGCUGCUGCUCUCAGCCCAGCUGGAAGCUGCGAAGAAGGAACCAGGGGUGCGUAGACCCAGUCCCCAUGCACCCUACAUUCUCAUCUACGCCAAUGACCUGGCCAUCUCGGAGCCCAACAGCGUGGCAGUGACGCUGCAGAGAUACGACCCCUUCCCGGCUGGAGACCCUGAGCCCGGCGCAGCCCCCAACAGCUCCGCCGACCCCCGAGUGCGCCGGGCCACCCAGGCCAGCGGCCCUCUCCAGGACAACGAGCUGCCAGGGCUGGACGAGCGGCGAGUGCCUGCCCACGGCGCCCAGCACCACCACGAGUACGAGCUCUGGCCCAGCCCCUUCCAGGCGCUGAAGACCCGGCCUGCGCGCAAGGAGCGCAGGAGAAAGGGCCAGGACCUGUUCGUGGCCUCCUCGCAGGUGCUGAACUUCGACGAGAAGACCAUGCAGAAAGCGCGGAGGAAGCAGUGGAACGAGCCGCGAAUCUGCUCGCGGAGGUACCUGAAGGUGGACUUCGCGGACAUCGGGUGGAAUGAAUGGAUCAUCUCCCCCAAGUCCUUCGACGCCUACUACUGCGCGGGAGCCUGUGAGUUCCCCAUGCCCAAGAUCGUCCGCCCGUCCAACCAUGCCACCAUCCAGAGCAUUGUGAGGGCUGUGGGCAUCGUCCCAGGCAUCCCGGAGCCCUGCUGCAUUCCCGAUAAGAUGAACUCCCUUGGGGUCCUUUUCCUGGAUGAGAACCAGAACGUGGUUCUGAAGGUGUACCCCAACAUGUCCGUGGAGACCUGUGCCUGCCGGUAA